AUGGCGGCUUCGCCAGCGCAAGAGCCUCCGGACACAGGGCAGCUAGCCCUGGCCGGCUCCCCCCUGGGAGGGAUUGGCUCUGAGCGGGCACCAGCCACUUCCCAGCUACGUGUUCCCGACGUGUCGAAUGCAGACACCGCGCUCCAAGACGACGGCUCACGAUGCGACGACAGCGGACGGGUGGACUGCAGCGCAGCGAGUGCGAUGCAUGACCAACACCAGCGCGGUUCCAGUGCCGGUCAUCGCGGCCCGAGGCCUCUUGGUGGUGGGACCUGGCUGCAAAGAGUACGCGCAGAGCCAACUCCAGCAGGUGUCCCGUCCAAGGAGGCGGCCAUGGCGUCCAGGAUGAUGCAGGGCGUCUGGAAGACAGACGAGAUGAAGAUGCUGCUCACGACGCUGACGACGGAUUGGGCGGCAUACAUUGAUCGGGAGUGGCCAUCGGAGGUCCAAGCAAUGCGAGACUUGGCGCACGCUCCCGCUAACGCAUGCUGCGAUGAAAGUAUUCGAGCGUGGUCAGAGGCAGGAGAAGGGACUUUACUUGCUUAUACAAGCGGUAUGUUGGAACUUCCUCAUCCUCCAAACUUCAUCAAGGAGAUUCGGGUCAGCGAACAUCGUGCUCUGCUGAAAGACUUUCAUGAGGCACACAUGAAUUAUACGCUGAAGGCCAACCUCCCACCCUACGUUAACCUACCCAGGAACGCGCCGCAUGUAGCCAUCUUAGAAGAGCUACACAAGGCUAACGUAGACCCCGCGACUGGCAUUGGGCUUCCGGUGUUGCGCGGCCUCCUCAACGACGUGAAGCGAUUUAUUUACGACGGCAGCCACACGCUCAGCUUUGUGUUCUACUCCAAGCGUGCAGCUCAAAGCUGGGUGAAGAAAGCCUUACGCUUCCAGCGUGCCGUGAUUUCACUCCAUGACACGGUGCGCCGACCCCAGGAUGAAGGAACGGGUAGCUUUUCGCCGGCACAGCUGGAGUUGCAGUAUGCACUAUAUGUCCAUGGAGCUGGAGCGCUGGAUCUUGCCGCACUGGCACGAGCGAUGUCGCAGUUUGCAGGAGCUAAAGUCCUCGAUGUUGAAUAUCCACGGUCGCAGAAAACGGAUAUCUAUGACAACAGAUUCCACAAAGUCAUUUUUGCUCAAGCCCAGUGUCCUGACGCUCUGAUGGGGGUCACACGGGUUGACUUAAACGGAACGAUGAUAACUGUCCAUCACUUCCAAGCCAAUUUACGAUUUCCGUGCACGCGAUGCUUCAAUGCAAGACACAGUGCUAAAAUGUGCAAGGUCCCUGGUCGUCUACUCGCCAAGACGCAAGCUCGGUUUUCGCGAGUAUACAAGGGUGAGGUGACUAAGGUUACACUGGCAGGAGACUCGGCGUACCGGGUGAACUCAGUUACGGAACUCCUCGCUCUUUUCACGGCACAGCAAGACGAGUUGGCGCAAAAUGGCUCGGCUUUAUUGGAACGUACGGAGGUGGUGACAACGGCGAACGACACUAGUACUAUCGCGCCCAGUGCCUCCAGUCCAGCGUUGACUACACCAGCUGACGUGCGACUGGAUGCAGCUUCAUCGCUCACUGCUCGCGACGAUGGCUUCGCUGUAAAGAGGUCGAAGAAGGAUCAACGCGCAGUAAAGAAGACGGAGCAGACGUCUCACUCGACGCAGUCUGCGGCUAAGAACGCUAAGACCUCCAAAUCCAGCACAAAACAAAAGCCAAGUGCAAAGGCCAAAUCACGCACGAAGCAAGCUACCGGAUUUGCGGCUUUUCAACGUGCGGAGGCGCUCGGUCAAUAUGGUCCAUUAGCCGAUGAUGAUAGUGUUGAGGACGACAGUGUAGACGACGACAUUGAUAUAUCGGAUUCUGAAGUGCACCAUCAUGACGACGACGAGGCCCCAUACGCGUAUGCGGAUUCGACGGGGGAACGCCACGCUACCGAUAUGGAGGUAGAUACUAACUUUCCUGGCGUUUCACCGGAGCAUGCUGUGGUCGCUACUGCCCAUGAAGAACGUCAGCGCGAUGAUGAUCAAGAACGGGUUGUGGUAAGGAAAAAAGCUCGCAGAGACGUACCCACGGUUGCGGCUGCUGCUAAUCCAGAUGCCGCGUCGACGGAACUUGUGCAGCGGUCAAUGGCAGACUAUGUACACACCAGCCAAGCUAUCAUUGACAGUGAGGCCGAGAUUGUCACCGCGGCCUCGACGGAGAUCCUUCCGCCGAGCCCAGCCUCUGACGAGGAGUUCACCAUGGGAGCCCCGCAUGCGGGUACUGAGGUUGGAGAUAGUGAUCUACCAAUUCCUUUGCCGCUUUGGCUCAAGGAUUUUCAGGGAAACCCCGUGGAUGUGGCUGCCAACGGACAGUGCGCCAUCCUUGCGCUGCACGCUACGACAACAAAUUAUGAUGGACAAUUGUUGCCCAAAACGUCGAAGGUGACGAGAGGCGCCAACAAAUUGAAACGAUUUGUCUACACUAUCAUGUUUUCGAAUCUUCGCAAAGAUGUGGAGCUAGGUCUCGUCGACCCAGUGUCUGAGAUCCGACGGCUGUAUCCUAAUCGCCAGCACGGCGACGGUAUUGCCAGUGCCACCGCUAGUCUGUUCAACCACUAUAUCGAGGAGAGAGAUCGCUCUGUUUCGGGAACAGUGCCAUCAAGCUUUUGGGCGGGAACUCACGAGCUCCGUGCAAUGGCUCAGUAUAUGCGUGAGCCACUGUUUGUGCUGGAUGUGGACGAACAUGGGGAUGCACACGUACAGAUAUACAUGUACAAAACGUAUCGUACAUCAAGCGGAUCUGAUCACGAAUCCGGAUAUGGCAAGGUGCUUAACGAUAGAGCUGCGAAAGCAUACCUUGAGGAGUGUAGGAUGCUACACACGGUGCCAACAUUUCUCAUCCUCUAUCACGACAAGCACCAUUUCAAUGGCGUACAACAUGGCGAACUUCUCUUGCAGUGGACUGCGGAGGGAGAUCAGGACUAUGCAGACUCGCUAGACACCUCGUACGAGUGGCUGAUUCAACUCAACAAACCGCUGCCAGGAGAUGGAGAUGCACUUGAAGAGCUAGAUGUGCUGUCAAGGAAUGCAAAUGUGAACGCGAUGCUUCUUCGUAACAUGAACAUGCGAGAUAGAUUGGAUAUUGUGCUUGCCCGACUCGGGUUUCCCACGCUGUCGACAGCUGAACUAGAUGAGCGCGAGCUGGAAGCAACAAUGACAACUGAUGAAAUGAUUAUUCAUGAAGCCUACGGAGUGGAUGGAGGCGAAAACAUGGUCGAUUCAAGAUUUGGUCUCCUGGGGAUCUGCCGAAGUUUACUUUGA